GGCCGGGGAGGCUGCUUCCUCCGGCCUCCGCGGAGGCCGCCGGGGGUGGGGGCCCGGCUAGUUGGUCAUGGCUUUCCUCCCGCGGCUGCUCGGGGCUGCGGAAGAGCAGCUGGAUGCCAGGGACGGGGCGAGGAGUCCGGGAGCAGACAUGGUAACAAAGGGCCCCUUGUUGGGGCUCCGGGAGGGCGGCGGGCGAUACCUGUAACUGAGCUCCUUCCUGGGAAGGAGGAAAAAGUUUCCUUGGACCGGAGCGGAGGCCCAGGCAGGAGAAAACCAAAAGCCAAGGCACCCCUUCCUCCAGCUGAGACCAAAAACCUUGAUGCCUCUCCAGUUGAUGAUGCUGUAGAAUCCUGUGCUUUCGUCAUGGAACAGAGAGAAAGUAUGAUAGAUAAAGACAUUGAACUCACAGUGGUUCUACCUGGGGACAUUAUCAAAUCUACAACUGUUCAUGGCAGUAAACCUAUGAUGGAUUUGCUGAUAUUCCUCUGUGCCCAGUAUCACUUGAAUCCAUCAAGUUACACAAUCGAUCUGCUGUCAGCUGAAAAGAACCCCAUUAAAUUUAAGCCAAACACACCAAUAGGAAUGUUGGAGGUGGAGAAAGUAAUUUUAAGGCCAAAAGUUUUGGAUAAGAAAAAACCUACACCUAUAAUACCAGAGAAAACUGUGAGAGUAGUGAUCAACUUUAAGAAAACGCAGAAGGCAAUAGUGAGAGUUAGCCCACAUGCAUCACUCCAAGAACUAGCCCCCAUUAUAUGCAGCAAAUGUGAGUUUGAUCCGUUACAUACGCUGUUGUUGAAGGAUUAUCAGUCUCAGGAGCCACUCGACUUGACAAAAUCUCUUAAUGACCUGGGACUAAGAGAAUUAUAUGCCAUGGAUAUCAGCAGAGCCACUUCUGUUACUGCCUCCAAUAAAUCAUCUUUACAAGAGUCCUGCCAAAUAUCACAAAACUUCGACAUUAUGAAGGAGAAAGAAAAUAAAAAGUUUUUCAGCUUUUUUCAGCGCAGUAAGAAAAAGCGAGAUCAAACUGCAAGUGCCCCAGCGACCCCUCUAGUGAGUAAUAAUCGCCCAACUUUUACAAGGUCCAAUACCAUUUCCAAGACAUACAUUUCGAACACCCUGCCGUCGGACGCACCCAAGAAGAGGCGGGCUCCAUUGCCUCCGAUGUCAGCCUCUCAGAGCGUCCCCCAGAACCUCCCUCACGUCCAGGAGAGGCCAGCUUAUGGUGUCAUGAAAUCCAUGAGUGUGGAUGAGACAGAUAAGAGUUCCUGUGGAGCAGACGUAGUGAGGACAGGCUCUCUGAAGCUCAGUAGCACAUCCAUUGGGAACUCAUCUUUGAAAAGGACAAAGCGAAAGGCACCUUCCCCACCCUCCCAAAUACCCCUGCAUCAAAGUGAUGAAAGCCACAUGACUGCUCUGCGGUCAGUGCCUGCGGUUCCGACGGACAGUGUUUCAGAAGCAAGCUCUCCUGAGGGGCUGCCCAGCCCAGAUUUUCCUUCUUUGGCAGAAGCCUCACUUGGCCCUGGGCUCCCCAGUCAUGAACAGUGCACUGUGCCCAAAGGGGCAGACGACAUCUCUCUCGUGGAGUGCCCUGAAACGCCCGAGGCAGCCGCAGCAUCUCUGACAUCUGGAGUAAGCUCUGAUUACAGUCUUGAGGAGAUAGAAGAAAAGGAAGAACUGAGUGAAAUGAAUAAAGAUGAGGAUGAAAAAUAUUUGGCAGAAAAAGAUGAUUAUUUUAGUCGAUCUGUCUUUGGAAAUUAUUGCCUAGAACCACACUUGAUGGUAUAUAAUCCAAGAAAUGAAGAGAGGGUAGUUGACAAUGUAAGAAACUUGAAGUCAUUGGGCCCACGUCAAGGGAAUGUAGAUCAAAAUGAAAUAACUGUCACUUCAAGGAAUACAGAAGAUCAUAUGAAAGACGGAGUGAGGAGAACAGAAAUUAAUGUAGGAGGUGUUGCCAAAAAUAACAAUGUGGACAUGGAAGUUGACAGACUUCAGGCACAUAAAACUGAAACUGAUAGACGUGACAAGGAAAAUCAUCUAGCUGCUUCACCAGAACCAGGCCCAACACUGAAUCAACCCGGUGCAGAAAAGACAAAAAUGCAAGAUGCAGCAAUUCAGGCAACUCCUUCCUGCAACAGUUUUGAUGGGAAUCACCGACAUCAUCAUUUGUCCGACUUCAAAGUUGAUGAAAGUGUGCAAACUGCAAAUAACAACAAAUCAACUCAACAUUCGUCUUUAAGUCCACAAGGUUCCGUGGAUACCUCAAGAGAAUUCAGGAGACAGGGCCCUCUCACUGUACAUUCAGAAGAUCAGCUCACCAUGAAAGAUCCAAUGUAUGCACAUGGUAAUGAUGCUCCCGUAGAUGAGAUUAAUAAAAACUCAACGGCUUCUUAUAUGAAGAAUUAUCCACUCUACAGACAAGACUACAAUCCCAAGCCAAAACCUUCCAAUGAAAUUACAAGAGAAUAUAUACCCAAAAUUGGGAUGACUACUUAUAAAAUAGUGCCUCCCAAAUCCCUGGAAAUAGUAAAAGAUGGGGAAACAGAAACCUUAGGGUAUGAAGAUGAUCAAGACAGACAUUCUUUAGGGAAAAAGCACAUGCAUGAGAAUGUGAAAGAAACUGCAAUGCAGACAGAAGAUUUUGUUAUUUCUGAAAGUCCAAAGGAGCCACAGCUAGACCUUAAACCCAAGCCUGCCCUGAGAUCAGAGCAUAAGGGGCACAGUGUGGAGGGCGUGCCCCACAGCCCCGCAGCAAAUCCUCUGAAACCCACUCCCAGAAUGACGAGAGACACUGGCACGGCUCCUUUUGUGCCAAACUUGGAAGAUAUAAACAAUAUAUUAGAGUCAAGACUUAAAUCUCGGGCUUCAAAUCCCCAGGCCAAACCAAGUUCCUUUUUUUUGCAAAUGCAAAAAAGAGCUUCGGGUCAGUACGUGACAUCUGCAGCCGCCAAGAGUGCCCACACUGCCCCUAACCCUGCUCCACAGGAGCUCCCGAGGAAGGAGGUGGAAACGGAUCCGAGGCCUCCUCCAGAGCAAACUCCUUCUCCCUCCAGUAAGGCAGCUCGCUCGCCUCCGCAGCCCCACGUUAAAGACGCUGAUGGUGGCCUCAGCAGCCAGAAGCCUCCUGAACCCUCUCCUCCUCCCCCUGUGGCUCCCAAACCUGUUUCUCUUCCCACAAGUCAGCUGGCAGCGCUAAACCUGAAGACUCUGACAACGUUCGGUGCCCCGCGACCUUACUCGAGCUCUGCGCCUUCGCCCUUCGCCCUGGCCGUGGUGAAACGGUCUCAGUCCUUCAGCAAAGUGCGCACCGCGUCCUGCAGCGAGGGCGCCUCUGCGCCCGCUCCCAGCCACGCGGAGGAAGGGAAAAGUCCCGCUGUGGACGUCCCACAGCUCGGUGUGAGUAAUAAGGAAAAUAAUCCUGCACAUAGUGAGGGGAAUUCCCAAAUACCAUCUCCAACCGACUGCCCACCAUUCACCCUUAAGAGGCAAAGUUCUCUAACAUUCCAAAGCUCUGACCCCGAAGAGUUCCGACAGAGUCUGCUGACUGCAAUCCGUUCUGGAGAGGCUGCUGCCAAAUUGAAAAGGGUUACUGUUCCAUCAAAUACAAUAUCUAUGAAUGGAAAGUCAAGACUCAGUCAUUCCAUGUCCCUUGAUGCCCAGGAUGGCCAUUAAAGGUUGCCCUGACCUACUGCCCUUCACCUCCUCCACGUCACAGAGCAACUUCAUAAUGGGAAAUGUUAGCAAAUAUAUAUUCAGAUGUACACUAAUAUAUUAUCUACGAAAGUGUAAGAGUUUAUGCUGUGGCUUUUAAUGCCAAAAGAAGAAUUAUCAGAAUUUAUAAUUUAUAAUAAUAUUUUUUACCUUUUUUGCCUUAAGAGCUGAAUAUGCUACUUUAGAACUUUAAGACGAGGUGUUAAUGACUUUCAUUUUUUUUUCAAAUGAGAAAUAGUCAUGUUGUUGUUGUUUUUUGUUCCACUUACUUGUUGACACAUUAUCUGCAAUGUGACUUAGACAAAAGAAUAAAUUAAGAGUCAUAGACAUAUUUGUAUGAUACGUGAAUAACUAGGCAAACCUAGAGCUGACGUUGGCUGCCUCAGUAUCACGGUUUAAUUGCAAAUGUUAUAAGUUAUAUUAAAGCCUAUUUUGUGCUGAAAGUAUGAUCUAGAAAAUGAAUGAUAUUCAAUAAGUAUAUUCAGUUCAACGGUUAAUUUCAGUGAUAAAUCAUUUAGUGUGCAACUCUUCUGUGUUCUUUGUGUAAUUACAAAAUCAGUGUCAAAUUUAUGGGGAGUACAUUAUAUUUUAAUAUUUUAUUACCAUAAAACACUUGGUUUCUUAAUCUUUAGAACUUAAAUUGCACAAGGUAAAUUUUAAAUAUUUUCUGUAUAUAAUUAUGUUAUUGUCACACAGAUAUUACACAUUUUAUGUGCCAGAAGCCUUAAAAAUCUUCCUGUGAAAAUGAUAUAUUGUAGCAGUUACUUCACAUUUAAUAUGUAGAAAGGAAUAGGAGUUAGUUUAUGUCCAUAUUGGAAAACUUUAAAGACUACUUAGAGGUUCCAGAAAUCUUGGUUUUAGUUAAA